AUGGAUGAAGCUGAUUUUUCCAAAGAUACAAAUUAUGAUGAUGAUAUUCCCCAAAUUAAUAUAUGCAAUGAUUAUAAUUUUACCUCAAACAAUGACACUUUUGAUGUCUCACAUCAAAUUAUUUUAACAGUAGAUGACCCUCAGGAAAAGGCUACACAUAAUAAGACUUGCAGAAAUGCAGAUAUGGCCGUGAUUCUAGAUAAAAUUACUGAAAAUGCUGUCAACAAAAAACAUGAUAAACAAUGCACUAUAAUUCUUCAUAUUCCACCUAAUAAAGAAAACGCUUCAAAGUCAAACAUUUCUGAUAUUUUACUCAAUCACCUUUCUAAAGAGGAAUUCUUAAAAGGCCAGGGCAUUGAUUGUGAAACUCUCCCAGAGACCUCUAAUAUUGAUAGCUUUGAUGAAACUAAUAUUAAAAAUAUCAUUUUGUGUUACGUUAAGAAUUCUUGGCCAAAAGAACAAACUCCAGAAAUUGAUGACCAACUCAACCCAAAAAGGGAUGGUGAAGACAAUAGUAAGCCCAGUUGUUCUGCAGUCAAAAUGGAAGAAAACAUGUCUGAUUUAGAAGAGCCAGUGGUUGCGGGAUGCAGCAGCCUUCAAGGGAAUUCAAACUUUCUAACUCAAACCAAGAGUCCAAAUGAUUAUCAAAAAAGUUUCCAAGGGCUGGCACCCCAAAAACAACAGACUGAAAAAUCAAGUUCCUGGAAUGGGUUCAAAUACAGCCAAGGUCAAGUUCAGUAUUGGCUCCCUGAUUUCUCUAAAGUUGCUCCCAGAGUAAAAAUCCCUAAAAAUAACAUAAUUAAUAAACCACUUACGGUAGCUAAACAAGCAAUAUCUUCUCUUAACUUGAGAGAUAAAUCUGCUCUUGUGCAAGACAUUUUAGAAACUAUGCCUAGUUCAAAUUGUGUUGAAAAACAUCAAGAGCAGAAAAAGGAAACUGUUGAAUCUUCACAACAAAUACAGAUAGAGCCUGCAGCACAUACCCACCAAGAACUUCUUACAGGAAUAGAAUCUGAGACAAGUCUCUUUAAAUUGUCACCAGCCUCUCGGGAAGACUCUUCCUCAAGUUCUAACGUAUUUGAAGAGAUAUCAAAAGGGAAACAGAUGUGUCAGAAGUUAAAAGAACAGACUGAUCAACUGAAGGCUAAAGUUCAAGACUUUUCCAAAAGAAUAGCACAAGAUUCUCCCUAUUCACAAAAUAGGAGUCAGGUCCUGGAGAAACUGCAAGGACAUCUUGAACUACUGGAGCAGGAGUUUCUGACCACCAAGGAGAAGCACCUGACUCUUCAGCAAGGCCACAAGCACGAAUCCCCAGCUGUCAGUGACUUUGAUCCAGAAAGGAAGGUGGAAGGUGAAAUCUUCAAGUUGGAGAUGCUGCUUGAAGAUGUUAAAGAGAAAAUCGAUGAACACAAAUAUACUUCCCCUCCCUCUCUUCCUGUGGGUUCUCCGAGCAUCCUGGAUGACUUGGUAUCCAUAUCUUCUCCCCCCUCAAAAGAGAUUCCCAAGGGACACCCUACUGACCCUUCUGAGCCUCCAGGUACGUGUGGAAGUGAAGAGACAGGGGUGACCCAGCCAGGACCACAGGAGGCCCCCUCCAAGGAACUCCACCAGCUGGACCCAGAGAUUUACCUACACUGGCGGAGCAGAGAUGCCACUGCCCAGGACCUGCUAGAUCAAACAUCCCUAAGGCUGUCUUCUGUCUCCAGGGAGGACCCAAACAACACCGCGGGAGAGCAGGAGCGUGCGGAGUCAACGGUGCCAAGUCCAAGCUGUGCCUUCUGCCACCGGGCCCUUGAACGAAAGCAAAAAAUGGAGAAAAGGGGCCACAGAAGGAUCAGCUGUGGAAGGUUUUCCAUCACCAUUCAAGAAAAACCAUGGCACCUAUGUUCAGCUUGCAGUUCAGAGGCAGGAUACGGCUUCUAUUCUGAUUCUGGACUGCAGAGUAACAAAUGUGAGAACUGUGGUGCUAAGAUUCCUAACUCUCGAAGAGUCAGCAGUAAAGAACUGCCUAAAGAAUUUCAUUAUAGAUACAACACCCCAGUACAGAAUUACUUAAAUUAUAGUGAAAGAGGUGCUUUUGUCCAGCUCUGCUUUUUAGACAAAAAUAAAAGCUCUUCACCUUCUUGUUCAAAACCAAAAAAGUUCUGUUCCCAGAGAGCAAAUAUGAAAUCCCCUCAAGAUGAACAGGAACCCAUACUAGAAAAAAAAGAUCUUAAGACUUUCAGGACCUACAGUGCAGACCUUGCAACACCCUCAUUCCGUUCCCACUCCCACAGGGUUUAUGGAAGCAAGUCCUUAAGUGACUUUAGGAGUACUGACAACACAGAAUUUGAGAUUUUACACUCGGCUUUGGAUCAAGCUCUAAGGACAGCAACUGUUUUGAAAGAAACCACUGAUCAAAUGAUUAAAGCCAUUGCAGAAGAUCUUGCCAAAGCACGGAGGUGGAGAGAUCGACUGAAAUAUUAG